AUGUCUUCGGAGGCAUGUCCUUCAUCAUGUUUGUCGGGCUUUCGGCAGGGGGUCUUCCGGCUAUUCUUUACGGAUUGGGGUGCCUAUCACUAUGCUUGCUUCUUGGUUCCAGAUCAAUAUCGGCGUCAGGUUGCCUACCCGCUGGGAUGGAUGAAAUAUCUCGGCUGUUGCGCAAUAGUCGCGACAUUGGUAUUGGGCUUGGUUAACCUCUGCCGCCCGGAGUUCGAUGUCACGUCCAGAUGGAAGCUGUUUCUGGUGUAUCUGGCAGUGAACGGGUUGUGUUGGCUCUGCAACCUCUGGGGUGUCAAGGGUAUCCCAACACUAGAGCUUAUAGGAUGCUAUGCUACUGCUCUUGGAUUCGUGGCAUUCACCACCACCCUUCUAGUCAAGGCACUCAAGGCCGACCCAAGCUUUGUCUUUGUGGACAUUAACAAUGACACCGGAUACAGCUCGAAUAGCUUCGCCGUCCUGUUAGGGAUGUUUACCAGCUUUUCAACCUUGAUGGGACUCGACGGUCCUGCACAUCUCGCGGAGCUUCAUCAACCAAAAAAGCCUUUGCCCCGGAUUAUGCUAAUAGUCAUCUUUUCUCAAUUUGUUGUUGGGGUUGUCUGGAUUAUUGUGUUGGGAUUUUCGAUCACCGAUCUCGCAGCAAUCACAAAAACCGCAACAGGAGUCCCUAUACUGGAGCUAAUCAGGCGCGCAACGGGAAGCAACGCUGCAGCGAUCGUGUUUUGUUUGAUUGUCAUUAUCAAUAAUACCGCCUCAGCACUCGGAAGCGCAGUCACGAUGAGCAGACAAGGCUACGCGUUCGCUCGUGACGGCGGUUUGUUAUGGAACUCCAAGCUCAUUGAGAUGUCUCCUGGUUCUCAUAUGCCAUUCUGGUCUAUCAACCUGCCUUUGUUCCUAGUUGCCGCCGUGGGACUGAUCUUCGGCUUUCCCAGCCUGGUCCUCCUUGUCACACGAGGCCGCCUACUGCCCGAAAAUGAUCGGUGGAAUUUUGGCACAUGGAGCAUUCCCAUAUACGGAAUUGCAGUUGGAUAUUCCGUUCUAGUGGUUAUUGUUUCCUUCAUUCCACAGUCGCAUCCAGUGACAGCCGUAAAUGUGAACUAUACGGUGUUGGUCAUGGGAUGCUUUGCGAUUGCCAUGGGUUUGGGGUGGGUCUUUGAAGGCCGCAAACUCUUCUCUCCACCGGUUAACGACGAGGUUGUUGUUGCUACUUCUAGUACCCUAGACGGGCUCGAUGUUGCUGAGGAAGAAGUGAUAAUCGACGGGAUAACCAAUGGUCAAGACAAGUAUCAUAGCUCUGCACAUUGA